AUGUCGAAGUUAACUUUAGAUCAACGUGCUGAAAUCAAAAUGGCUUUUAGGACAUUCGAUCCGAACAAAACAGAGAUAAUCAGCAAGAAAGAUUUUUCAAAUGCACUUAGAACAAUGGGAUUUUACUUAUCAGAUCAAGAAAUAGAUAAAUACAUGCAAGGAAAAACAAACGGAAUGGAUUACCCUACAUUUAAAUCUAUAACAACAAACUUAAUACUCAAUAGAACUCAAAAACAAGAACUGAAAAGAAUGUUCCUUAUGUUUGAUACAGAUCAUGAUGGAUACAUAUCAGUUCACAAUCUAAUGGAAGUAUGCAAGAAAUGUGGUGAUAAAUCUAGCGAAACAUUACUAAAAAGAAUGAUAAAUGAUUUUGAUAAGUCAGGACGUGGCAAAAUUGAUGAGCAUGACUUUGUUGCCAUCUUUAGUGAAUAA